AUGAAGAUGGCGAUGAAAGCACAGAUGAACUUCAAGAAAGCGAAGACCGGUGAUUUCUCCGUCGAGCUAAAGAACCUGAACCUGGACACGGGUGGAAGAUUGACGCACGAUGGUCAGGGUCACCUGCAGGUUGUGAUGACGCGCUGUGCGAUGCGGAUAAAACGAGUGAAGUUUCAGUUCACCAGCUGCAAACUGGUCCUGGUGAACACGAAAAAUAUGCACCACACCAUUCACCGCAUUUUGGUACAAAAAAUUUGUCCGAACAUACAGGUGAAUGGCAUGGCUAGACUGAACAGUGAGCUGCGGAAGCUGCCAACAAUGAUAAAGCUGUUUCAACCGUACAGGGAUGAUCCGAUCUCCUCUCACGCCUCCGCCUCCCGCACGCUGGAGAAGGGCUUCAUGAAAUUCUGCAAGCAAGCGGGCCGCGAAUGCAUCGGCAAAAUAAACGAGGCCCUGGCGAAAACCUACCGGGGACAGUCGCUAAUAUUCAAAAUGAAACCGUCCUCUGUCCCGUCGGUCACCAUCCAAAACGCAAUGGCAAAAUUUCAUGACCAGUACACGGUCACACUGUUCACCACAAAGGACAGGAAGGUCUUACUGUCAGGAACAAUAAACGCCGAUGUGACGUCUGACUUCAGCGGCAGCUACGAUCCGAGGAUCUCCAAUUUCAGGUUCAAGCCGCAGAGCAACGCACUCAAGUUCACGCCGGAAGAAAUGAAAAGCGUCACAGAAGCUGUGAGGAACACCUACCAAGAAUUCAUCAGCGCUAUGUUUCGUCAGAGCUUCGCCUUGCCGAGAUUCCCCUUCUUCGAUAUCCUGCACCUCCAGACGGCGCCGAUGCCUAACGGCAUACACUUCAACUUCGAUGUCAGAUAUUCCGGUGCUGCAAUCAGUCCCAUUAUGACAAACGUGUUCAAUGAUAUCAUUACUUUUUAA